UGUUACAUCAGGGCCUGUAUUCAUAAAGUGUCUCAGUGUAGGAGUGCUGAUCUAGGAUCAGGUCCUACCGGUCCAUAUAAUGAAGAUAUAAAAAGCUAAACUGAUCCUAGAUCAGCACUCCUAGUCUACUCAGACACGUUCUGCUUUUUUUAAUGUAUCAUGUGUAGUUAUUCACCAGCUAUAGAGUGAGUUGUUGUUUAUGUUUCUAAGACUGCAGGGUGGGUGAUGCAACAAUGGCCUUGAGAACAGCAGGAAGUGUGUUGUUGGUCUUUCUCUGGUCUGUAGCAGUGGUACUGGGUCAGGAUGGCUGGAGUGUGACUUACACCCCUCAGAGUAUCUGUACCUUGAAGGGGUCAACAGUGGAGCUGUCCUGCUCUUACACAUAUCCCAGUGGUACAGUCACAACAACCUUCUGGUUCACUAAAAAUAAUGCUGAGGGGAAUCCUGUGAGUCUGAGUGAUGACCCAGACUAUAAAGGUCGUGUGACGUACCAUAGUGAUAAGAAGAAUGUCCACACCCUGACAAUCACAGACCUGAGAGAGAGCGACUCAGCUACGUACAAGUUCAGAUUUAUAACAGAUCAGACCGGAGUGAGAUAUACUGGUGAUCCUGGAGUCACUCUGUCUGUCACAGCUCUGCAGGUGGUAACUACUUUGCAUUGGUCAAAGAGGAAGACACUGACCUGUAGCACCACCAGCUGUCCUCUGACUGGUAACCCCACCUACACCUGGUACAAGAACGGACAGAUAGUAACUGAGAAGACUUCCUCCUAUUCAGUCGACUCCAAAGCUGCAGACAGCUACUCGUGUGCUGUAAAAGGCCAUGAGGAUCUCCACUCUCCUGCAGUGUAUAAACCAAAGAACACCUCAGUGUCAGUCAGUCCCUCUGGUGAAAUAGUGGAGGGCAGUUCAGUGACUCUGACCUGCAGCAGUGAUGCCAACCCACCUGUGCAGAGUUACACCUGGUACAAGAAGAAUGGAGGUGGCUAUCAGAGUAUGACAGGACCACAGCAUGUCUUCAAUCAAAUCCAGUCAUCUGACACUGGAGAGUACUACUGUGAGGUCCAGAAUGAGAUGGGGAAAGACAGGUCUACUACCAUCAACAUGGAUGUGAAGUGUGAGUAA